AUGUUUGAACAGUCAGUGAGUGACGAGAAAAGAGUGGAUCCCGAACUCAUAUUCACCAAACAGGAGCGCAUAGGAAAGGGAUCUUUCGGUGAAGUGUUUAAAGGGGUCGACAAUCGCACACAACAAGUGGUGGCCAUUAAGAUCAUAGACCUCGAGGAGGCCGAGGAUGAGAUCGAAGACAUCCAGCAGGAGAUAAUGGUUUUGUCGCAAUGCGACAGUCUUUUCGUCACCAAAUACUUCGGAUCUUAUCUUAAGGGAACCAAAUUAUGGAUAAUAAUGGAGUAUUUGGGCGGAGGUUCGGCUCUGGAUCUGAUGAAAGCGGGACACUUCGAGGAGAUGCACAUUGCGGUCAUACUU